AUGGCUCUUCCCAGUGCCGCCGUCCCCAUGCUUGACGCUGCAAUCGUUCACGAGAAACCAAGCCCGACCGCCGUUGCAAAGGUCGCCCCAACCGCCCCAAACCCGGAUCAAGUCCGUGUUGUCGCUCCGCACGAGUACAAACAGGCUGCCGCAUGCUUGGCCGAGGCGUUUCGCCUUGACAAGAUUGUUCGCUACGCCAUCGACACUCCGGAUCGCAUGGAUAUGACGGAAGAGGAGCGCUUCGAAUUGCACAAAGCCUCCAUGGAGUACGUCACCUAUGCUCAUUGUCUCCAGGGACUGGUCUUGACGGUUGGUGAGAACUUUGAUUGCGUUGCUUUGUGGCUGCCACCGGGUAAGAACAUCGACGACUGGUUCACCAUCCUCCGCAGUGGCAUGUGGCGACUGAGCUGGAAGCUUUCCAAGGAGGGCAAGGCGAGAUUCUUCGAUGAGUUCCUGCCCCUGUUGCAUCAUACUAAGCAGGAAAUAUUGGGAGAAAGGGACAACAACUCCUGGUACUUGAACUAUAUCGGUACCAAGCCGGCGGCACGUGGUCGUGGUUAUGCCCGAAAGCUGAUUGAAUAUGUCACCAAGAUGGCCGAUGCUGACGGGAUCCCGUGCUACCUGGAGAGUUCACACGAUAUCAACAUCAUCAUCUACGGCAAGUUGGGCUUUGAGCUGCGCAAGCACAUCUAUUUGCAACGCGCUGCGGGCAUUGAGCUGAGGAUGGAUGUCAUGGUUAGGGAGCCGGUGGAUCCGGAAAAGAAGGAUGAGAAUGGCAACAUCGGGCAGUGA